AUGUCUACACCUUGCAUCGUUGUCUUCGCAGGGGUAUACAUGUCGUACAUCACCUCCGACGAGCACACCCUCGGCGGGAGCAAGAUAGCUACACCGUCCGCUGGGACGACAAGCGCGCCGCCACCAGCGUCCUCCUCUCCAAGCACUGCUGGUUGUCCCUUUGGUUCAAGUUGCCAUUUUCUCCAUAACUUCCCUGGAGGUCACCAGGCUGUUUCAAAGAUGACCAACUUGGGUGGUCCAGCUGUUUCAGCUCCUCAAGGAAGAAUGCCCAUGGGACCUGGUGUUCCUGAUGGGCCACCUACACCCAGCUUGAAGACUCGCUUGUGUAACAAGUUCAACACAGCAGAAGGCUGUAAAUGGGGGAACAAGUGUCAUUUUGCUCAUGGAGAGAGGGAGCUCGGAAAGCCCAUGCUGUUGAACAACUCGAUGGCACCUCCAAUGGGACCAAGACCCAACGGUCACUUCCAGCCCUCACCGAUGCCUGGCCCAGACAUGGUUCCUCCCUCAACCUUUGGCGCAUCGGCCACAGCCAAGAUCAGUGUUGAUGCAUCCCUUGCUGGCGCCAUUAUUGGGAAAGGUGGAGUCAACACGAAGCACAUAUCCCGAAUGACUGGGGCCAAGCUAGCCAUCCGGGAUAAUGAGGCAGACCCCAACCAUAAAAACAUUGAGCUCGAGGGAUCGUUCGAUCAGGUCAACCAUGCGAGUGCAAUGGUGAAAGAGCUGAUUCUCCGCAUUGGCGGCAACGCCCCUCCUCAAGCAAAGAACCCGGGGAAGGGGCCUGCAGGUGGUGGUGGGGGAAGCAACUUCAAGACCAAGCUGUGUGACAACUUCAACAAAGGCUCUUGCACAUUUGGAGACAGAUGCCACUUCGCUCAUGGUGAGAGUGAACUGCGCAAGUCGGCUGCGGCUUGA